AUGUCAGCAGGGUCUAAAGGCAAAAGUGGAACAAGAGUAUUCAAGAAAUCGAGUGCUAAUGGAAAAAUUACAACGUAUCUCGGGAAGCGAGAUUAUGUGGACCAUAAAACACACAUCGAUCCUAUUGAUGGCGUCGUCUUACUGGAUCCUGACUACCUUAAGGACCGGAAGGUCUUCGCUCGACUGGUUGCCAUCUUUCGGUAUGGCCGGGAGGAGCUGGACGUCCUAGGUCUGAAAUUUCGCAAAGAACUGUUCCUAUCGCAGCGACAAAUCUACCCACCAUUACCAGAGAAUGAACGACCUUUGACCCGGCUACAGACUAGUCUUACCAAGAAACUGGGCGACAAGGCCUAUCCAUUCGUCUUCGAGCUGACAAAGAAUUCUCCUUUCUCAGUUUGCCUUCAACCAGCCCAGUCUGACAUAGACAGGAAGCCUUGUGGGGUCGAGUACUCACUCCAUACUUUCAUUGGCGAUCAUAUAAAUGAGGUUCCAAGCAAGCGACGAUCAGUAGAGCUAGCUGUACGCAAGGUCUCCUAUGCUCCUAGACGAAAGGGUGUACAACCGAGUGCAGAGGUUUUCAAAGAGUUCCUGUUCAGCAAAGCGCCUCUACGGCUUGAAGCAACCUUAGAUAAGGAUGUUUAUCAUCACGGAGAAACCAUAUCGGUCAAUGUCCACGUUUCAAACCAGUCGUCAAAAACUGUCAAGAGGGUAACAGUGACCGUGUUUCAGUUUGCAGACAUUCAGCUCUUUGAGACAGGGUCUUUCAAAAGUGAUGUUGCCAAAUACGAGGCCACAAGCGAAAGUGACGGAAUGCCAGUCAGACAGAAUCAAGUUCUGACCAAGGUGUUCAAGGUCAAACCUGUGCUGGAGAAUAACAAAAAUCUGGAAAAGCGAGGCCUGGCCCUGGACGGCAAACUGAAACACGAAGACACAAAUCUUGCAUCAUCAACGAGUGACCGAAGUGACGUAUUAAGUGAUGAGGAGCUGGGUAUCACUGUGAAAUACAAGGUGGAAGUCAAAGUUGAAUUAACAGAAAUCUUAUCAUCUUCUCUAUCUGUGGAAUUGCCGUUUGUCCUCUCACAACCACCACCACCCGCACCAGAACCAGUUAUGAAACCCGAAUCAGGCAAUGAACAAGAAGUCCUUGAUCCGAAUCUCAUCAAAUUUGAUACAUCAGGAGCUGCCCCCAUGUACACUGAUGAGGAUUUGCUGUUUGAAGACUUUACUCGUAUGUGUGUGAAAGGAACAGAAGGCCAGGGCACAGAAACAUAGGCAUAUAAAGGGUCCAAAUCACAUUUGAAAAUUAUUCUGGUUUAAUCCUUUGGCUAUGAUGAGGAUAUUGAUGAGAAAUCGUGAAAGCUAAAGGCGAUUUAAAAACCAAGGCUCUCUUUCAAACAACGAAUUUACAAAUGCAAAGAUAUUUAGUGUUUUAAUAUGGUGAUAUUAGAAUAAUAUUGCCAUUAAUCAGAGUUGAUUAGAAGUGUUACUAGCCUAUAUAUGCUAUACUUUAAAGAAUGAAAAUAAAUUUGCUCAUCAUCUUUUUUGAAAAUUUUGUCUUCAAUUUAAAGGUAACUUUUUUUCACCGACAAUGGCCCUUAUUGAUUACAUUAGAUUAGCAUUUCACUCAAACUUUCCAAAAUUUCUUCUUCUUUUUUCCCCUUUGUUUUCACCCCUCCCCUAUAUCGUUGACAAAAUCAUAAACUUCGAUCUUUUUACCUUAUGUUGUUAACAUGGUUGAUAUUUAUUAUUAGUAUGAGCUAUUAGUUUCAAUAUUUGUUAUUGUCAUCAAGAACAAAUAAUUUACUUUGAUGGCAGGCGAGUAUAAUCAUUUGCUAUUAAAGAAACGUUGGAAUUCUUUUUAUCAUGCAUCCGGGUGCCUUAGCAAAUGGUGACGUCAUCAACGAUCAAGGUCACGGCCCGCAUAGAAUGACUUGACGUAGGUCACAAUGCAAGGCAGUUGAAGAAGAAAUUAUUUAUAUUUAUGUACAUAAGAUAACGAACAUUUUACUGUUUUAAUAUUUAUAUUCAAGAGAGAUAUGGCAAUAGAGUUGUUCACAUAGUCAACAAGGUAGUCCGUGUUUGACUGAAUGGAAAACGGAUAUAAAAAGUGUGCAUUGAUUUAUCCACCUUUAAAUCUUGAACUGUAAAAAACCCUAUUUAAAGUUUCAAGCACGUUGUGUAAGCCUAUCACUCUAACAAUUUGUUUAAAAUUGAAAAUAAUUGUUUAAACCUUUUUAGCAAUUAUUUAAACCUUUUUUCAAUUGUUUUAACCUUUUAGACAACUUGUUUAAAUGUUAAACAACGCCUUUAAAAUUUUAAUCAAUAGUUGUUUGAGUUACUGGCUUAAACAACUCGCUUUAAGUUUUAAACAACGUUUUACAGUGUGGGUUGGUUUUGUUUUGUGUAACUGUACAUAGCGUAAGCCUCGUAUUCAAACAUUCACGUGAAUAAAAUAUCCGGAAGUGAUAUUAGUAUUUCACAUUUUAAUGUUUGUCGAAAGAAAUUAGAUGAAAGAAAUUCAGCAUAUCUGUAACAUUCUAUAAGAUAAUCACAUACAGAAGCGAGCUAUGGCAUAUUUUUGAACAAUUAUUCUGAACGUAUUUUAUUAUAGCUGAAUUAUUAUAAAAAGAUGCAGGGCAUCUACCUUUAGGACCUCCCAUUUAUUGAGGGAUAUUUUCUUACACAACGCUUUUAGAUUUUAAGGUAUGUCGAGAGAAAAUCGAUGAAAGCAAUUUAGCAUACCGUAUACGACAUUUUCUACAAGAUAUUCGCAUGCUUUGAUUGAUUGAACAAGUUAGAUGUGGUGUACUAAUAAUUCCGAAAUCAACUGAUGCAGGGCAUCUAUUUUGAAUAAUUAUUGAUGACGUAAAAUAAUUGUUUCUACUAUAUGCUGGGAAAAGUUUUGUUCCCAGGUUUGAGUGCAAUAAUUAUAAUUAAGGUGCAAAUAUCUUAAAUUCAGUGGCGUAAUGUGCCAAAAAAUUUCAGGGGGCUAGAUAUGGCAAAUCACGUAAAAUUUAUAGAAAGCUGCGAGCGAGCAAAAAUGUUGACAUUUUUAUUUUAAAAAUCGUAUUUUGUGAUAGAUUUCCGACGACGUAAUAUUCGGAAAAUGUUAUCAUCUUUCAACAUUCUCUCUUUCCCUUUCUUUUCUUUUUUUCUUGGCCGUGAAAGCCUCCCCCCCCCCCUAUCUGUACGCCAGUGCUUAAAUUGAUGAACAAAACACAGGUCAACAAACCAGUUCUUAGCCAUUCUCCACCCCGUAACACAAAGCUUAGCAAUGAUUGUAGAACAUUUUUCUACGAUUGAUUCCAUUGACUACAAUGCACAAUCAAUCGUGAAAAUCAAGUGUAAGAUUGAUCGCUAAUCUUUGUGUUACGGGCCCCAGGUGUUGAAGAGCGCUCUGUAUUGAAUAUUCAUGCGGUCUCGGUUGAAUGAUCAUGUGCGCAUGCGUCAUGGCCAAAAAAGGUUGUUGGAAUUUAAAAGUUUGCUACCCACAAAGAGGGUACUAAAGGCUUUUAUAUGACAUGUAGUGUGGUUAACAAUCGAAUUUGGAAACUCUUUUGGUAUGCUCCCACAGAGAUAAGAUAAGCCAGGUUCCCCCAAACCAGGAUAACACAUAAAAGCGGAAAAUUGUUUUUUGUUAUUCCAGAGAGUAAAACUAAUGACGAGCUAUCAUGAUCCGGGGCCCGUAACAUAAAGCUCAGCAAUGAUCGUAGAACAUUUUUCUACGAUUGAUUCCAUUGACUACAAUGUACAAUCAAUCGUAAAAAUCAAGCGUGCGAUUAUUAAUCGCUAACCUUUGUGUUACGUGACCCAGGAAGAUUAAAAUCUUAAUUUAGAAAGGCGCCGUUGCUUUUAAUCUAGUUUGCAUACUGUACAUACCAGGCAGGCUUGUGGUAAGCUAACAAGUUUUCAUAACAAUUUAAUCGGUCUAGAAAUAUCUGUAUAAAAUUUGAAUGCAUUUCUUGAUCUAUCCAAUAAUCAUUUUCAAAAGAUAUUUUGUCUUUUGACAGGAUCUUCACUGGAACUGAGUAAGAUUUUAACUUAGUUUUGAUAAAUGUAGCAGCAGGCGUCUUCACUAAUAUUUCCUCAUACACUAUUCGAAUGAUAUGGAGUUCAUCGAGCUAACAAUAUGCUCAUCCUUAUAACUAUUUAGGGGCGAAGUACCACGCCUGUUUAAUCAAAAUAGUUUUUAACAGCUUGGUAAAUCAAAAAUUUUGUAAUUUGCAGUACAACGUUUCUCUUUUUAUAUUCUUAUUAAACGAUCUUUAAUGAUUCAUUAAAUUUUAAGGUUUUGGGGUAAAGAGUUUGAAUUAAAAAAAAACGUUGCAUGUGCUCGAUGUUUCUCCAUAAUGCGAAAAAAAAUAACCGGAUACGUAUACAUUCUAAGUAUUUAUAUAGUACGUCUUAAUUUAAAUUCCAUAAUGACUUUACAAUGUUUUCACCUAUUUUGAAGUGGUUAAAUUCCUGUAAAUUUUGUUUAUACAAAAUAAAUAGUCUUUUAGCAACAUAGAAACUGGUUCUUCGAGGGGGGGGGGGGUAAAAAAGAGUAAAAUAAUAAUUAUGUAUAUUUUUGUAGACCAUUCCUCAUGUCAAUGAAUAACGUAUGGGCCCUGUUCCACAAAACUUGUCGUCAUUGACAAUAUAACAAAUCUGCUCUCGGCCAAUCACAAUGUAAGUGACGUACAGUUAUCUACUUGAAUGUAAAUGACAACAAGAUUUAUGGAGCGGGGGCACACUUUACAGGGGUACCAUAAACAAAUAAACUGGAGAUGUCAUCUGUGCAUGAGUAUAGAGACCAGUUUUAUGAAGAAUUGCGAUUGAUUUAUACCAAAAUCAUCUCCAAAUUUGUUCUUAACUGCAAAAGAGAUAGGAGUUAAAAACAAAGUCGAAGAUGUGAUGGAUCUGGAUCCAUCACAUUUUUAUGUGAGAGUGGCCAAGGUCAAUUGGUUUAAAGAGGAAAUUGUUGAUACUACCUUAUGAAAGUUACGUAAUCUUAGUUCGACAAAAAAAUCCAUUAAAGAAUAUAAAUGGAAGUAUCCUCUGCAAGGAGCUCUUCGCGUUAGAUGUGGUUUAUCUGAAAUGUACUUGCUAAUCCAGUCAUUUCCAAAUUUUACGAGCACCUUGGAAACCAUUGUUAUAAAAGUGCAAUCUCAGAAAUAAUUUAAUAAGGGAAUACAGAAUUAUUUUAUUGUCAAACGUAAAAUAAUGAUAAUUUACUACAUGUAUUUGAUUGAAUCAAACUUUCUUAUUUUUCUAUUUGUUAAAUUUAAAUGAUACGUUACUUUUAAUUCUUCGCGUGCAAUGUCAUCUAUUAAGCUGAAACAAUUAAUCAUUCCUUUACAUCGAGGAUUAGUUGUAUAUUACGUCUACUUCGUACUGAGAGUGCAACGAAUGUUAAUCAUUUCACAUUUAUACAUGAUUGUAUAUGAAUAUAUCGCACUAAUUAUUGAGAGAUUUUAUCUUUUAUAUAGAUCAAGCAAAUUUUAGAUUCGCUUUUAUUGUGGCUGAUGUGUGAUUUAUUAAACGGUAAAAAUCUAGAA